UUCAAAUGUUUACAAUUGUUACGAAUAAUUCAAUUAAUUAUUUCGACGUCGUUAGCAUUGGGUAAAUGUCGAUUCUUAUAGGUUUUUGGUCGCUGAUUUCGAAUCUGAGGUCAGUUUUUCGAUUGCGACAUCAUGGGAAGGGACACAGGGCCAAUUAAUUAUGUUAAAAUAACACGUAAAAUUAUAAAGCUGCAAAUAUAAGGCUUGGUUUGGUAGUAAUUUAUGAAUAAAUUAAAAGUUGACAUAACUUCAUGUAACUCUUGUCAAUCAGAGAGUGAAAUGUUUGGGAACCCAUCACUAUGUGGUACUGCGGCAGUAUUACUGCCACUAUGUGAUCAUUUUUGUAGUAAUCUACAUGCCAACUGCAACUUUGUCUCUUCACGAUGUCUUCACGAAGUCUUCACGAUGAUUACUUCGACGAUGAAAAAACUUCAAUUUUCGAAAACCCUGCUACCUUUUGGAACCAGUGUGCACUCACAUUUCGUUCCCCAUGAAUUAAUUUUUUAACCAUGGAUACAAGAAUCAGUCCACAUUAGCAACUCCAUGUUUCCUUGCAUCUUCAUUUGCCACCACUGACUUGGUUUCUUUAAUUUUGCCCUCGUAUGUCACUGCUUUGUCCGAUUCACUUGUGACCGAGGCGCAGGACUUGUGGAAGUCAAUUAGUUGUGAAGAACUACCUCGCAGUACAAUUACUUCUUUUCAAUCAUCCUGGGAAAGUCCAAUUUUCAAUUACGUAUCUUCACGUAUCCUGGAAUCAUCCACCACCCCAAUAAAUACUGCUAGGAUUUUGGCAUCAAGGUCAAAAGAAUCAGGUGCAUGGUUGCAAGCUUUACCAUCGAGGAAUUUAGGCACACUUUUAGACGAUAAUUCCUUCAGGAUUGCAAUAGGUUUGAGGUUAGGGUUAAAUUUAUGUUUCCCUCAUAAAUGUGUUUGCGGCGCACAAGUAGAUGAACUAGGCUUACAUGGUCUUUCAUGUAAAAAAAGUGCUGGCAGGCACUCUAGACAUACGCAAGCCAAUGACAUUAUAAAGAGAGCCUUAAUUUCUGCAGACAUACCAAGCAUUAGGGAACCAUUAGGGUGUUGUAGGACAGAUGGAAAAAGACCGGAUGGUCUAACACUAAUACCUUACAAACAGGGACGCUCACUAAUAUGGGACUUUACAUGUACAGACACUUUUGCCCCCUCUUAUCUCUCUCACACACUUAGACAUGCUGGCACAGCAGCAAAACUAGCCGAGACCAAAAAACACAAACUGUACUCUGAACUUAAAACAAACUAUAUCUUUGUUCCGGUGGCUAUCGAGACAUCAGGAGUAUGGGGGACGGAAGGGUUGAAGUUCAUCCAAGAUGUUGGGAGGAGGAUGAAGGAUGUCACUGGACCAAUGUCGACAACUUUUCUCAUUCAACGGAUUAGUUUGGCAGUUCAACGCGGGAAUGCGGCAUCAAUCAUGGGAGCUGUCCCCAGUCAACGAGGAUUAGAAGAAUUAUUUUAUAUUUUAAAUGAUAGGUCGUUUUAUUUACAAAAAUCAUGUAAGGGGCCGAAUGGUGAUCUCGGACGCCUAUCCGGAUCAAGUAAAGGUUUUCCCAACCCACCAACAUCGGGUUUUUCCUCUACUCCCCAAGCCAACUAAGUGUAUUUCAUAGUUUAUCAAUGUUUAUGUUAAUAAUAAAUAAUACGUUAGAAAUCAGUGCAGUUGCAAAUGUGAAAUCGGCUAUUUCGGCGUUCUGUUAGAAAUUUUUGUGCUUUAAUUACCGUUAGCGACGGCCCAAAUAAUUAGCACUUCAAAAAUGGAGGUUUUUGAGGCUAUCGAAGCAACUGUCGUAACCUUGUAUUAUGAUAAAUUAUCAAGCAAUCUUGAUCUUGCGUAUCGUGGGAUAAUUUUUUUUUGCGCCAGACCAUUGCAACUCGAAAUCUAUUCUCUAUUCAGCAAAUAGUGCAUAAAAUUCUACAGGACCACAAACCCGAAGCUAAAAAUAUUGAGAACAAUGUCGUCGAAUAAGGAUCUCGAAGAUGCCUCGAAAAAGCAAGUUCGUAAAUCGUUUUCACCUGCGCAUACGUCUCCAAAACUUGAAAAUAAAGAAGUCAGGAAAUUGAUGGAUGCACUUGAAGCAGAGAAAACUCCGGAUGCAGGACAUGAAGGCACAAGUCAUAGACUGAACAUUAGUGAAGACACAGUGAAGCAAAAGAGGAUCAUGAGCUUCAUACCAGGCCCACCUCUGAUUCCAACGGGUGAAGGACGACAAUCAGGGGAAGGACGACAUUCGGGUGAAGCAAGAAAAUCAGAUGGAGGAAGACAAUCCAUUCCGACCAACAAUGAUUCGCCCAAAAUAGUCAAAGCCAUAUCAACACCCAUAAUGCAAAAUCAGAAACCCGGGGAAAAAAAGGCCGCUGUGGAGGCAGAUCUUCUAGAACAAAAGCAAGCCAACCAACUGUCAAAACCAAGGGAUGCUUCAACCCGAAUGGAACAAGUUAAAAAUGUCGAAAUAUCACCGCCACCUCAAAUUUCAAGAUCGAUUCAAUCGUCAUUGAAGCAAAAAGAAAUUUCAAAACUAAAAGAAUCUACAAUUUCAAUCAAAGGAAACUAUAUCGAAAAUACCAAACCGACAAUAACCGCAGCUCAGCUACCGCAAAAAUAUGUUGAAAUUUCAAAGCCAACUCCAGCUCCAGCUCAACCACCACCGAAACCGGUUGAAAUUUCUAAGCCAACUCCAGCUCCAGCUCAACCACCACCAAAACCGGUAGAAAUUUCAAAGCCAACUCCAGCUCCAGCUCAACCACCUCCAAAAGCGGUAGAAAUUUCAAAGCCAACUCCAGCUCCAGCUCAGCCACCACCGAAACCGGUUGAAAUUUCAAAGCCAACUACAGCUCCAGCCCAACCACCACCGAAACCGGUUGAAAUUUCAAAGCCAACUACAGCUCCAGCCCAACCACCACCAAAACCGGUUGAAAUUUCAAAGCCAACUACAGCUCCAGCCCAACCACCACCAAAACCGGUUGAAAUUUCAAAGCCAACUACAGCUCCAGCCCAACCACCACCAAAACCGGUUGAAAUUUCAAAGCCAACUACAGCUCCAGCCCAACCACCACCAAAACCGGUCGAAAUUGCAAAGCCAUCUACAGAACCAGCUCAGCCACCACCAAAACCGGUUGAAAUUUCGAAGCCAACUACAGCUCCAGCCCAACCACCACCAAAACCGGUUGAAAUUUCAAAGCCAACUACAGCUCCAGCCCAACCACCACCAAAACCGGUCGAAAUUGCAAAGCCAACUACAGAACCAGCUCAGCCACCACCAAAACCGGUUGAAAUUUCGAAGCCAACUACAGAACCAGCUCAGCCACCACCGAAACCGGUUGAAAUUUCGAAGCCAACUACCGCUCCAGCCCAACCACCGCCAAAACCGGUUGAAAUUUCAAAGCCCGCAGUUUCUGCAACACAAGCAGCCCCACAACCUGCAGAAAUUUCGAAGCCAACUACAGCUCCAGCUCAACCACCACCAAAACCGGUUGAAAUUUCAAAGCCAACUGCAGCUCCAGCUCAACCACCACCAAAACUGGUAGAAAUGUCAAAACCCGCAGUUUCAGCAGCCCAGCAACCAAUUUCGAAGGCGGCGAUGACUGCAAGCCAGGCACCACAAAAGCCGGCUAUAACUGCAACUCAAAAACUGCAAAGAUUUGAUGGGAUAGAAAAAAACAGCGCCAGUGUUUCUAGUUUAGCUGCGAAGCUGGGGGGCCCAGAACCAAUUAUAGAUGACAGUCAGAAAGAACAGUUGAGGAGUACGAUGUCCAAGAUUUUUAACGUUAAUAUUAGUGCUCCACGUCAAGGAAGUGGAGACGAACUUAGUCAACUUAAGCAAUUUGGGAUACCAAGCCAAACCCGUCUAGUAGAUGCUUUACUAGACGCGGAUGCAGUGCAGUAUGACUUUGGAGGACUGAUGAGGGAGUAUUACAGCUAUGUGCUUCGAUCUUACUGCUUAAUAAACAUGCAAGACAGGUAUCGUGGCGCUAGCAGUCAUUCCAAAUGUUUCACAACAAUUGACGUUUCAAAAAUUGGGUCAAAGGAGGAAGAGCAAGAUAAAGGAGCUGCCAAAAAAACACGCAAGAUGGAGGCACAACUGCAACUUUUAAAAAAGGUUGCGUAUGAUGCUGAUCAUUUUAAUUACAUAAAAAGUAUGGCCAACACUCAGCCCGUGACGUUGCCCAUCACUCUUCUACAUGGAGUCACUGAAGAAAUGGUUCCAGUCCUGGAGGACGUUUUUCGAUUUUAUGGCAAAAAUCUUGGACACGAUCAUAUCUGUACUCACAAGGCAGGCAGCCAUUACAUCAAAAUGAGGAGACGAGUGGCGAUGUACAAUAAAAUUAGCGGUGGCAGUUCGUUCAGUAAAUUAGAUGAAGGCGAAGCCGAGGGGGAAUAAAAAAAACGUAGUUAUUCUCCAGGAGUGCAGAGAACUAAAUUCACAGAACCUUGUUUUCAUAAGCAACUUGUACUUAUUUAUUUAAUUUCCCAAGACUGAUUAAUAAAUAGAGUAUUCUUUGAAAAUUA